AUUAAGUUUUUGCAACGCAUGAAUUUUCUAAAGCCCGGAGUCGGGUUAAAAGUUCAUAAAAAUAGCAAUCCUUUAUCAUAAAAUGUAGCUUUAAAUUAUGAUAGGUUGGGAUUUAAAUCUGUUUAUUAUCGGUGAAAGCUAGAUGUGCCAGAACUCAUCAGAAUGAAUGUGGCAUGCUAUCUCCAGCAACGCCAGUAUGGCCUCCGACAAAAACCUGGAGCCAAGAAAUAUGUGGAAGAGCUAUUGGAGAAGAAAUUCACCGAUUCAUUUGUAAAUAAGCCCUGUGCCGUGUCAGGACGAUGCAGAUCUACAUUUGUCAUGCAGUUCAGUCCAGAUGGGACAAAGAUGGCCUCCACUCAUGGCGACCACUCCAUCCAAGUGACUGACAUUGCCACGGGGCGAGUUGUUCGCACGCUGACCGGCCAUCCCCGCACCCCCUGGACUCUGGCAUUUCACCCGUCCUCCAGUCAUAUCCUGGCCAGUGGGUGUCUGAGUGGGCAGGUCCGAAUAUGGGACCUAUAUGGCCACGGCUGCGAAGUCUGGGACACGGAUAACUCUACAGUGGUUGCCUCCCUUACUUUCCACCCCACAGACAAUGUGCUGGUGAUCGCCGCGGGUAACACGCUUUACUUCUGGGACUGGAGCAAGCCGGAACCCUUCACUGUCUGUAAAACUACGUAUGACUACGAGAGAAUUAGAUGGGUGAAAUUUGACAGUCAAGGGAACACCAUGUACACUGGCAUAUGCAACAGCAUGUCCAUCAAUAGAGAGCCUUUAAAUGUGGUUCCUUCGGGAAGUGAGGAGAGACCGGUGGGCCCCUCAUCAAGGCUGAGUUCCAUGUACAACAACAUUGUGAGCUACUACCAAGAGUUCCAGAGAGACAGGCUCCUGUCCCAGACCAGGCCUGGCAUGGCAAGAGGCAGCCAUGCUUCAAGACCACCAGAGACAGUUGGUUCCGGUAUUUAUGAUGGGUUCCCUCCCUUGUCACCUGGUAACCCAGGAGCAGACGCCGUUCCACUGAGCGAGCAGUUCAGCCAAGUGGAACAAGAUAUACGCAGCAAUGCAAUGCUAUUCUCUACCUAUGCCCUUAGGCUUGCUCAGACAGAGAGGGCUAGUGCUGAGCAGCGUUUCCUAGGCAACAGAGUUAUGGAUGGGGGUCAAAGAGGGCAAGGUCAAGGGUCAAGCACGUUUCGUUACCAGCGGCCAAAUAUGCAGGCAGUUUUUGGAAGCCCUGUGAGCACAAAUGCGAGUUUGUUAAAUCCCUUGUCGGAUCCGAUUUUUGCUUCCACGAGUUCUGCACAUGAAGAUCAAGGUCAUAGUUUGACCUCAGAAUUUGGCCAACGGCCUUUCAGUGCUUCAGCAUUUGAAAGUCACGAUUACGGCUCAGGAGGUGAAAGCAUUGGUGCGAUCCCCUCUCUUGAGGGUGAAGGUGUUAAUGUUGCUGCAGAUUUGCAAGGCAUUAGAGACCAUUCUGUUCCAGGCGCAUUUAUGUCGUCGUCACAACCAUACCUUGCCCCUCCCCUUAGAGGGGUUGUCAGCCCUCCCCCUUUUGUGAAUGUGCCUGUUACCACGGACAUUGAGGUGAAUCUGGAGGCUUUUAUUCAGCAGUCCACUGUCGACGUCAACCGUGGACUUGGGAGCUCUGUGUAUUCAACAACAUUACCCGCUGUUCCUAGAUAUUCUCAAUAUUCGCAGCCUAGCACUGGGGGAGCAAAUAAUGCAAGUAAUUCAUUUCCUGAUAUAAAUAUUGAGCCUUCACAGGCUGCUGCAAGUGACAGUAGAGGUGUAGGAUUUAACUCGAGACUUGUUACCCCGGGACGUAGUUCUGCGAUACACCUCCCACCAGCCUUGUCUGAGCAGACUGGUACGCUGUUUCUGUCGCAGUUACAAAACAUGGUCCCUCCGACCACUUCUGCGGCAUCAGCCCCUUCCAUGUCCAGGCAGACCGGUUCAUUUCACAGUAUUCGUGAUCGGCUGAAGUCAAGUGUACCUCUCGGACCCAUUUCGAGCACAAAACAAGACGUGGGUAGUAAAUCUCAGCCCACUGGUAUUCCUAAAGUGACCGUAAUUAUGAACUCAGAGCAAUGUAGUUCAAGUGCUUCUAACUCGGAAAGAUUAAGGUUAUCCUUGCCUUUUUCAGCAGAAAAUGAUAUACCAAGAGUGACUGUGUUAACGGCAGCACGUAGUGAUGGAAUGAGGUCAUAUCCUAGUUAUGUGAAUCCUUCCACAGGGGUUGGUAUUCGCCACAAUAUUGGGGGCAUAGUCAAUGAUGAUAAUUGUUCAACUGCUCAUAGACAUUCAGUUGAAAAUAGUGAUAUCAAUAUAAAUAGUGCUUUUAAUUCAAACCGCACUUCACAUACACACUAUGUUGACACACAUUCAAAUUCUUCAAAUUUAAUUAUAACAAACACAUCAAACACUAGCACAGGACUGGGGCAAUCAACGUUUGCGGAGCAGUCACAAAGAGUUGGUCUACAAACCGAGCCGCAUGCGAGGGCACAUAACAACGCCUUAGGAGACUUGAUGGAGAACUACUCAAACUCUGCCCCUAUAGUGGCCAGUACUAGUAGCCAUCGAACUCUGUUUGAGAACAUUUGCCACCAGUCAUCAACAACAACAUAUUCAAUAACGUCCUCGAGCGAAUCUGUUCCAGCUACUGCUUACCCCCACCAUGUUCAAAGGCUGCCUCCUCCCUACAAUUACCUACAGAGGGCUCGCUACAUGCCUCUGAUGGGACCAUACUUGGAAAGCAGAGGCCACAACCCCUUGACGACUUACCCAUCAUCGACCGUUUUGGAAGAAAGUACGCACGACAUACCAGCAGUGCAUGAAAGAAGCCUUGCAUUUUUACCCUCAACUCUUAACUCGAGGGACCGAGCUUCUAGCGAAUCUGAGUCUGAAGUAAGCUCACACCUGAGCACUGCAGAUGCAUAUUUUCUGCCAAUUACCGAGGAUCAUGGUCACCUGUCAUCGGCAUCAAGUGUCAACAGAAGUACCAAUCCAGUCAUGCCCAGAGGCCUCAGCACUUCUGCAGGAUCGUCUGACAGCGGCGGGGAUCAAAGUUCGCGAACGAGUUCACAGGGCGCUCAAGAAAUCGAGCUUGUAGUGGACCAGAAUGAAAAUUACACAACUAGUCAGGCAUCUUCAAGAAAUAAUAAUAAUAAUAACAAUAAUAACACUUCAACGCAGGCUAAUCAGAAUAUAAGCGUCCGAAGUAAUGAUGAUAAUAACAAUUCUAUUCAUAUUGUGGCUCAUGAUAACAAUGCCAGUGCUGUCGCUGUCACAGCUCCCUCCAGUGUGGCUACGUCGCUAGAGGAACAUCACAGGGAGUAUGUCCGUCUACGUAAUAGCUUUGUGUCAAUGACAGACCAGAUCGAAAGGGAGAUGAACGAAUUAAAUCGAAGGAUCAGCGCUCUGAGGGAUACGUUUAAUCAAAGUAUCCGAAGUCUCCGUCACGAUCGACGGCGAUAUGAGACGUUGGAUAACCUGUUGCCGUUAGAUUCAUCGGCAAACCUGGCCAUAGCAGAGGCAUCCAUGCUAGACCAGCCGCUUAUUGCCAAUGUACCACAUAGGGGGGAAGUACCUUCUCUUCAGUCUGUGGCAGCAAUUCAUACACAAGAAACUGUUGGCGUUCCUGAGAAUUCUGCUCAGCCAGAGCGGUACGGAACGACAAUUGUUCUCACUGGCCCUUCAUCUGCUCGGGUGAGAAAUCCAGCCUUCAGUGGCGUCACUCAACCGCCAUCUCUGUAUGAUAGACAUGGAACUACAGGCGGUAUAUCCGGCCCGCCCUCUUCUCUGGAGAGACAGGGAGCUACCAGUGGAAUCAAUGGCCCCCCAUCUCUUCUAGAGACUUCAUUGAGAUCUCACCAACGACAGAUGCAGGCGUCUGCCAGGUUGGGCAAUUAUGCAAGGGCAUAUACUGGAGAGGCAAAUGAGGAGGGCUAUCACUGGAGAACCAUGCAGAGGCACUACAUCCACCCACACUACUCCUCUAGCAUCCUUGACGACACUGUCAAUAGGCCCAACAAUGCCAUUCAGUCCGCCAUCAAUAGAGCUAUAGCAGGUGCAUUUAUGGGUUCCGGUGAGUCUGCUGUGGCCAACAAUAUUAUCAAUCACACCCACAGGAUACAGGCCUGGGACUUCCGGAGAUGUGAUAUACCUGAUAUCUCUCAGAGUUCAGUCAACGUGGUGGUAACCCACUGCAAGCUGCACAACGAUGCCAGUGCAGAUAUCGCCCAGUCAGACACCGUCCUGGCCACCUUUGUGCCCAGUCACCAGGGUUUCCCGGACGACAACAUCCUCGCCGUGUACUCCCUGGAACCUAGAACCAGGGGCCAGUGCUUGUAUACCAAGAAAUUUGGUCCGAAUGCAAUCUCUGUGAGCAUAUCACCGUGUAUGAACUAUGUUCUGGUAGGACUGGCAGCCAAACGUCUUUCAUGGGUUUUCUCAUCACACCAGAUGGUAGCUCAGAUCUACAAACUGGAAACACAAAAAGCAGGGGAGAAAUCUAUGAAGCACGUGAAAGACGUGAUGCACGUAUGCAGCUCUGAGGUGCGUAACCAUGUUAGUGGGAACUCGGCCCGUUGGCUGCCCAGCGCUGGACAGGGCCUUGUGUACGGCACCAACAAGGGCGACCUCAACAUCUGUGUCCCAGGCACAAAACCUGUCGUCGGAAAGUCCAACUCUGAAGACUCAGAAGACCAGGAGGGUCCCGAGGGCCGCCUGCAACGUCUGGUUAGAGAGUACACAUCAAGUGUGUCUGGACGCUCAGAUGGCCGCGAUCGCACCACGUCGGGGACGCAGACGUCAGGCGUGCGGCGCUCGGCCGCCACACAAACUGCACAAGAAGAGCACUGAGAGAUCUAGUGUGGUGUUACUAUGUAACUGAUUUUGUGAUUAAUUUCCUGACAUUUUGUGAUCUGUGUAGUUUUUCUUUUUUGACAAUUUUGUUUACAUAUUUCUCAGAGUCUUUCACCGAGUGCUGGGCCUGUAUUUUGAGCCCCUUAGGGAUUUGUUUUCAUUGAAUUUGGUAACAAAAGUUUACAGUUGUUGAGUGAAUCAGGUACAGGUCAUUAUGGAUUUUAUUUUUAAGUGGAGAAUAUUGACUAGAUGUUUCAAACAUGUUUAAAAAAAAGUUUUUGUAUUAAUAAAUCAUUUUCACUUUGGUAAUCAAUUGAGUGCAAGAUACCAAGUAUAAAGUAGAAUCUUAUUUAGUUUUUGAAUUAUGCAUAUCAGCCAUAAAGAUAGAAUAAUUAAUACCAGUCUCUAAUAUUGAAUUAUGAAUACUAGCCCCCAAUAUCGAAUAAACUUAUCUUUAUCUUACACGUUAUUUAUUUCCUUAUUAUGCAUCAAUGAGAUGUUUGUUGAUCAUUUACAGUUUUUUUAAUGGAAUUAUAUAACCCAAACGAUGUGGGCUUUUUAUAAUCAAAGUUAUAAAACACUUCAUUAAUCAACUGUUACAAUAUAGACUUUUGAAUAAUGAAACUUAAUUUUUUUUUAUAGAUUAACCGUAGAUUGCAAUAUAUGUCCAAAUACGUAAUAUUUACAAGUACAAGUGCUGUUCUCUGGGCAUUGCCAUUUCAAACCAAAAAUAACGCACCCGAUUGUUUUCUUUGUUACUAUAGACUUCAAGUAAAAGUGCAAGGUUAUACAAUAUUCACAACCAUAUUUUUAAUGGUUUAUUGAAUGUAACAAAAGCACAAUCAAUCGAUUCUUUUUACAAUUUUUAUGCCCCCGGAUCGAAUGUUCGGAGGUAUAUUGUUUUUGGCCUGUCUGUCUGUCUUUCUGUCUGUCAUUCUGUCCCAAAACUUUAACCUUACAGUAAAGUUUUGCAAUAACUUAUGAAAUAUUGAACAUAGCAACUUGAUAUUUGGCAUGCAUGUGUAUCUCAUGGAGCUGCACAUUUUGAGUGGUGAAAUGUCAAGGUCAAAGUCAUCCUUCAAGGUCAAAGGUCAAAAAUGUGAAACUUUAAUAUAGUAAAGUUUUGCAACAACUUUUGAAAUAUUGAACAUAGCAACUUGAUAUUUAGCAUGCAUGUGUAUCUCAUGGAGCUGCACAUUUUGAGUGGUGAAAGGUCAAGGUCAUCCUUCAAGGUCAAAGGUCAAAAAAGAUAAUAGUGGCGCAUUAGGGGGCAUUGUGUUUCUGACAAACACAUAUCUUGUUUGCUAUAUGAAAAUAACACCGAAUUUCUCCCUGUUCAGUGUUAUGCGUGUCUUUCCCCAAAAUUGAAAUUCUGUUCAUUAAAUUUAAUUUGCAGACAUUUGAGAAAAUGAUACUGAUAAUGGUUUGUAUAUUUGUAUAAACUAGAUAUGUUAUUAGUUUGCGUGUUUUAGCAUGUUUUGUAACAUGUGAUAACAAGUAUUGCUUUGCUAAUUAUUUAAUGCAUUAUGUUUUUCGAUGCAGAUUACUGCAUAUCUCUUGAGGCAUAUUUUGUAAAAAUUUGGUUUCUGUGCACUAGUUUGUUUUAUUUCCACUUUUAUGGUAAGAAACCAAGAAAAUGUGCAUGUUGUUAUUUUGUAAUUUAUUGAUGACUCUCCUGUCUGUGAAUACGUUGUUGGCGAAUGAAUAAAAUAUCUCUAAAAAUC